AUGAACAUGAAAGCGUCGUGCGAGUUCGUCUUGUUGAGUGUGCUGUUCGCAUUCUCCUGGGGAAAAGACAUCCACAAAACUCGACUACAGCUGGGAAUCCCGAAGCAAUCUGUUCGCAUAGAAUCUAUAGAUGUACCACCCGCUGAACCGCCUGCUUUACAGGUAAAGAUGGUUAUCGAACCCGGGGACUUCUCCGUACAAUGGCCUAUACAGGGAGGCUCCGCCCGGAAGGGGUACUUUUUUCCGCUUUCUGGUAUACUAAAGGGUAGAGGUUUCACUAGUUGAGGUAUUUGAAAGGUUAGCGAAAUAUGUCUUUUCAGUUUUUUUAUAGUCCCAAAAGGGCUAACAGGUAGGGAACAUCUGAAAUGUCGCGUCAUACUUUCGCGUAUUUUGUAUACAUACACAUUGCAUGCCAUCAAAUGAUGAAAACAGUGAUGAAUCAAUGACAUCUCAGGAUAUGUUCAACGGAUAGCGCUUUGUGUCGACACGAUAUGCUAUCCUGUCAGGAUGUGAACAACUAUCUGACAAGUGACUCUCCACUUUAGAGACAGGCGCGGAGCAGCUUCACUCCCGGUUACUACAGAAAUCGCGCCGAUGUAGCCGUUCUUAUGUGAGAACAAAAGCCCUAUCCGGCAUGGUCUUCGUGCCGGCGCAAAAGGUUUCCGAUAUAGUGUGAACAGAACUCCAAUCUCAUUUUUAAUCCCCUCUUAGGUUAACUCGAAGAAGAAUUUCGAUUCACAGAGGUUUAUCUCAGAAGGUAUGUUUUAUUAAAUAUUUCCUUAUAAAUUUAGAGUCCUGUAAGAGAAUGCAGGUUAAUAUGUACAUUCCGGGGGGGGAAUCCCUUAUUUGUUCUAAGCGAGUAUGUGCUCAGUGAUGAACAGAGUGUCAGAUCAGGGUAUAGAACUUCACUAUGUAGCAUCUUGAACAUAUUAUAUACUGUCUGUUUGGACCAGACGCCUUGACAAGAGGGUCAAUUUUUACGUUUUUAACAGAAAAAAUCUUAUUCCAUGAUGUAUGCGAGAUGAAAUCAAUAAGGGCAGGAGCUAAUAACCCGGAGCGUGUAUUGCCAACUGCUAUACUUAGCCUAUGCAACGGCGCUUACACAGAUCAAGUUAUUUUAGCAUCAUUUUGGAGCACUUUUAUCGCAAAAAUGCAAGCACAGAGCCGUCUCCCGAUCAGGGUCUUAAAAUAAGGUAUCUUGUCUAAAACAGAGUAGCGAAAUUAACGAUUGUUGCCAUCAAAAGGAUCAGGGUUUGAUGAUCAGUCUACAUAAAACUUUCCCUUUUAAGCGCAACCUUUACUAACCCCCCCGCCUCCCCUUGUAAGGUCGUUCUUAUAGGAUAAGUGAAUAUCUACCUUAGUAACAAUUAGCAAACAAUUCUUGCAAACACCACUUGGACAAACAGCAGCGAGGGAAAGCCGGAUCUGGUUGAAGAUCAGAAUCAGCAAUAUAAAAUAAGGCUUAAAAUUGAUGGCAAGGCUGAUGGGACAGCUAAGGGUUGGUAACUUACAGAUUUAUUUGCCCAGUAUUUCGACUAGACAAAGCUAGUCCUCAUCAGAGGCUUGAAAAACUAAGUGAGUAUAGAAUAAAAGGUUACAGUAUUUAAAUUUUGUCCUCUGAUCCCGUGAGGAAUUUUUAAAAUUAGAAUUGAUUUACUAUUGCUUUCAUGUUAUCAUGAUACUAAUAGCUAACAGCGUAGUUCCACCGCACCACCAGAUAUAUAAAGCACGCUCAGCCCUCACAAUCGCUUGAUUGACCAAUCAAAAAGUCUUUAUUGACAAAAUCACAGCCCAAGCCAGCUCAGCCUUGUUCGCAGCCAGUUUCCCUGAGAAAUAGAAAAGAGAGGUACUGGGAACGAGCUUGUUUUCUUUUUACUUGAUAAACGCGAAAACUGAACUCAAAUUUCAAUGCAUACUGUGUGGGAAAAGCCAAAUAAAUAGGCUAACCUUUCUUUACACUUCCGCUAGCCCCUUCCCACGCCCUUAGCGCUUUGGGUUGCGUUAUCCGAUUCUCGCGUUGUUCCAGUUCAGACCUUCCAGAUCAUGUUCAAAAGCCAGUUAUGCUGUAAAGUGACUACAAAUGUCUCGUGUUGUUUCUCUCUCAGAUGCAAGUUGUGUUGACAAAUCGCCUUCCUGUGGCUACUGGGCGCUCAGAGGCGAAUGCAAAAAGAACCCAGGUUACAUGGAAGGAAACUGCUGUGUUUGGUGCAACCACAUAAUAAGUAUGUAAUCGGAAAAUGGAACGUGUCUUCUUAUAAACGUUGAAUCUUUCCAGUUGUAACGACUAGGUUCUGUGUAAUCUUAUACACAGCAGGUUAUUUGUAACGAAACGCAACGUUCCUUCCCACAAGCGGCCAUGAGCUGAUUGAAAACUUGCUUUUGUUACUCGAUAUUCUUUUUGGUGAGAUUCUGAAAUUUAAUAAUAAUAAAAAUAUUAUAAUUUGGAAGUUGUGAGUCAAGACGACCCAGGAUUUAACAAGAGAUCAAAAUGAACAGAUUCCUUUUCGGCUGUUUGUUUCUUCUUAUGGAUAGAUGUGAGGCAAAAGAAAAAUGGAACAUUCAGUGCCUUCUACUACCACCUUCUCCUUCCCCACACCUUUUCUUUGUGUAACUACUUAUUGCGGUAACCUAAUAAUAACAAAAAAAAUUAGUCUACCGCAGACAAAUCUUCAUCCGGGACUCUAGUGGUUUUCUUCUUUAGUGUAAAAAAUUGACUGAAAUGCAUCCCUCGAACGUGGGAUUUUUAGCAACAGCUGUCUACGAGGGUUACUAUGUGUUAAACGGUUGUUGUUUGUUUCAUUGUUUUUUUGUGUAGAUAACUUGGUAUCGGGAAAACAACCAUUUCUCUCGGGCCAAUGUAUUGAUUAUUAUUACAUUCAAUAUUACCUUUCGGGAUUGUCGCUUGCACAUUUUCCCGACGACCUUUCUCGAAACAGCUGUAUACUUUUACUAACAUGGAUCAUUGUCACCAUAGCUUUGCAGAACAUUAAAGCAAACUCUUGUAGCAACGAUAACUCUCAAUGUGUCAAUUGGGCAAAUAGAGACGAGUGCUGCAAAAACCCCGCCUAUAUGCUGGAAAAUUGCUGUUCGGCCUGCCAGGCUAAAGGUAAGCAAGUGAUCUUUAUCAUUGGCUCAAGCUUUUGUAAACCCUAUUUAGACGGGGGCGGGGGUUGGUUGAAGAGCGCCAAACUUGAGGACUCUUUCUAAAAUUUAUCUGGGAACAUUUCAAAGUCGUCGUGACGUGUAUGUCAACAGUGACGUUACCAUGGCAACCGAGUUUUGACAGCCAUGUUUUUCAAAAUUUGCAUUUUUUGUACAAAAAGGUUAUAUUUCUAUUUUUACUUAUUGAGUUAUUGCAUUACACUCAAUUUAGCAUUAUUUUAUCAAAGAGAGUGUUCAGCGGCGCGUGGAAGUCGCACAAAGGUACAGGCCAUCUAGGACUGAGUCCCGUAUUGCCCACUUGUUGGAUUUUUCACGGUAGCACCCAGUCUCAAUCCGCGGCCAGGCCAAGUUGGGGUUGAUAAUCUGAUGAAAUUUUUUAAGAAAUUUGGCUACCACAGGAGCUCAGCGCGGUGACGAGUCGUUUUAGUAGAUUAAACCAUAAGUAUAUUUGAAUUUUCCAAAGUUCUUAACGCUUUACUUUCUUUUUUAUCCAAGCACGCACAAAACUUUGUUGAUAGAUUGUAUGAUUUAGUUUUGUUAGUUCCGGUAAUUUUUAAAAUUUCGUUUUACGUUUUAAUUCUAAAACAAUAUCUGUUUAUUUUUCAGGCUACACGGCCCCACCCCCGUGA